GCGAUGCGGGCGGCGCUGCGGGCGCGGCUCGGGUGGGCGCGCCUGGCGCUCCGCGGGGCCGCGCUGGGCCGCGCCCCGGGGCCGCCGUGCUGGAGCUGCGGCGCUCCGCUCCCCAGCAGCGAUGGGCCGCCCCACUUCUGCCCCGGCUGCCAGGCUCUGCAGCCGCCGGCGCCGCGGCCUGACCUUUUCCGCCUGAUGGACUGCGACCGCUCCUUCCGCGUCGACCCGGGGCAGCUGCAGCGGCGGUUCCGGAGCCUGCAGCGUGCCGUGCACCCCGACCGCUUCGGCCAGAGGCCGCCGAAAGAGCAGUACUACUCUGAGCAACACUCUUCCCUGAUCAACAAGGCCUACCAGACUCUGCUGAACCCUCUGAGCCGAGGCCUCUAUCUACUGGAGCUGAGUGGAGUGGAGCCAGCAAAAGAGACAGACUGUGAUGCAGACUCUGCGUUCCUUAUGGAAAUCAUGGAAAUUAAUGAGAAAUUAGCAGAGUCCAAAAACAAGAAUAACCUUGAAGAAGUUGAAACUUCCAUUAAAGUUAAACAAGAAGAACUGACCAGAGAGGUGACUGCAGCUUUUGAAAGAGAUGAUCUUCAAGAAGCCAAGAAACUGCUAGGAAAAAUGAAGUAUUUUGCCAACUUAGAAGAUAAACUAAAGGCCAAGAAGGUCCCUUCCUGAUGUUGCCUUCCUAGCUAUUGAGAGUUAGUGUUAUUUUCAAUUAAACAAAUGGUUUUAUUAGCAAAA